AUGAAUUUGCUUCUAUUCUUAUGUAUAGUGCUCGUAGCUAACGGGAUUGCUGCCAAUGUGAACAGAAAGGAUAAAGAGAUCCACCAGAUCCUGCAUAAAGUACCAAAAAUAAACGAAUACUUUACGGAAUGCAUUGUACAAACGAGAAUAGGUGACGAUGAUGCGGAAAAUGUAACUUUAUUACCAGAGGAAGAAGAUCGAAUUGCGAAUAAACUGACUCAUUGCCUUUACCGUAAGGCAGGUAUUUUAGGGAAUGAUGGAACAUUAAAUGUUGAUGCUGCAAAAUCUAUAUUAAAUCUUAUUGGAGUAGAACAAGAUGCAGUGGAUAAAAUUGUUAACAAAUGUACAAGUACCGCUGGUAUUGAAGGACCAGAUAUGGCAUACGCUAUCUUCAGAUGUUUCGAAGACGGUGUUCUUAAUUGA